AUGGCGCUACGAUUCCAUUUUAGCGGGAAAGCUGAAUGACACGACACUGCCGAAGUAAAUCCUGUAUUGUAAGACGCAAACCAUUUGUUUCUUUUCUUCUUAAGUGCUUAAUUUUCCACAAUUAUGGGCAGUCAAGCUCUUUGAACCUUGUUGCCUUAACUUCCGUGCCAAUCGCAUUAACAUCGUUAGAGCGCUCACAGGUGACUUCCACGCACCGGUCCUUCCGUGGAGGUGUCCAGUGUGACUACAUCGUUCAUUGGCACAGGAUGUCCGCAACAGAACUAAGAGAGUUGCUGAAGGGACGGACAGCGUCCCGUGAUGUCCAGAGUAGCCGAAGCACACUGGAGGACCCAGACCGUGGGAAAUGGGGCAGCAAAACGGAGUUCAUCCUGUCCUGCCUGGGGUACGCCAUUGGCAUUGGCAAUGUGUGGCGAUUUCCCUAUCUCUGCUACAGGAACGGUGGAGGAGCGUUUCUGGUACCCUACCUGCUGAUGCUGGUUCUAUGUGGCAUACCCCUGUUCUUCAUGGAGACGACACUGGGCCAAUUUGCCAGCACCGGCUGCAUCACCCUCUUCAGGAUUUGCCCCCUUCUCAAAGGUACUGGAUUCGCCAUCGUGAUCGUGAACAUCAUCUGCACCAUGUACUACAACGUCAUCAUCUCCUACCCGAUCUACUUCCUGGUCAUGUCUCUGAGGUCGAAACUUCCCUGGGAAGACUGCAACCAUGAAUGGAACACAGACAAAUGCUUGAAGCUUGGUACCAAAAUGGAUGAAACAGACAACAACACACAAACGUCCUCGGGAGACCUCACCAACUUUUCGACAGUAUGGAAGACACCAGCUGACGAGUUCUUCCACCACAAGAUACUGCAGAUUUCUGAUGGGAUCGACAGUCCAGGAACUGUAGUCUGGGAACUGCUUCUCUGCGACAUGGUUUCAUGGAUAGUGAUCUUCUUGUGCAUCAAAAACGGAGUCAAGUCAGUGGGCAAGGUGGUGUAUUUCACCGCCACUUUUCCUUUCGCGAUCCUGUUCGUGCUGUUUGUGAGGGGCGUGACGCUGCCCGGUGCGUGGGAGGGCAUCCGUUUCUACAUAUCCCCACAGUGGGACCAACUCCUCAAUAUCAAGGUGUGGGCAGAUGCUGCAGUGCAGAUAUUCUAUUCUCUUGGUCCAGGGUGGGGAGGCAUUGUCAACAUGGCAAGCUACAACAGGUUCCACAACAACAAUAAGUGGGACUCUAUCUUUGUGCCCAUGGUGAAUUGUGGCACGAGUAUUUUUGCUGGCUUUGUGGUAUUCUCUGUGCUUGGUUUUAUGUCCCACAAAACAGGCAUCCCUGUGGCCACAGUCGCUACUGGAGGUCCUGGUCUAGCCUUUGUGACAUAUCCUGAAGCGAUAACUAUGUUACCACUGCCACAACUGUGGGCAGUUCUUUUCUUCUUCAUGCUGUAUCUACUUGGGAUGGAUAGCUUGUUUGUUCAAAUUGAAGCCAUCAUCUCCAGUGUGACAGAUGCAUAUCCAAAACUAAGGAAGCACAAGCAACAUGUGACAGCCAUGUCAUGUUUUGUAAUGUUCCUUGGAUCACUGUCUUGUGUUACUAAUGGUGGAAUGUAUGUCCUGCAACUUCUUGACUGGUAUGCAGCAUCCAUAUCAGUUAUAUUCAUAUGCAUAGUUGAAGUAGUUAUUGUCGGAUGGAUCUACGGUUGCUCAAAUUUCAUUCGUGACUUGGAGUUCAUGACUCAAGAAAAAGUUCAUGUGUGGUGGAAAAUGUCUUGGAAAUAUGUAACACCAACCAUUUUGGUGUUCAUUUUCAUGACAACAGUUGCAUUCAAUUCACCAGUCACUUACAAUGGAAAAAGGUAUCCUGAAUGGGCCCAUGCAUUGGGCUGGAUUGCAGCACUAGCCUCUAUGAUCUGCAUUCCUAUUGGAAUCAUCCUCAUGCUUGCAAUAUCACGUGGAACCCUAUAUCAAAGACUGAAAAAAAAUCUGUGGCCAAGCAGCAGUUGGGGGCCUGCAGUAGAGGAAGACCAUGCUGCCUGGAAGAGUCACAUAGCAAAGUGUACCACAGAUGAUUGUACAAGUACUUUGUCUUUCUCACAUCCACUGCCAUGCAGACUUAAACAUUAAAACGAUCUGUUGUGUCUAAACCCACACUGAUGAUCCCCAAUAAAAUCAUUCACAUAUGGAGUUAACAUCACAAAUAUUAUGGACAUCAUAAAUGAUUAUAGAAACCCCUGGUACUACCACAUCUCUUGAAUGAACAAUUGCACCCCAUACAAAAUAAUAAAAUAACAGGCUAAAGGAAAAUGCAAGAAAGGAAGACCCAUGAAAAGAUGGAAAGACCAAAUAAGUCUGGAGAUGGAACAGGCUCAAUAACCUAAACCGUGCUGUUUUUUAUGAUGAUGAUAUGGAGUUGAACUCGCCAGAAGAAUGUUUGAUAGAAUUUUGUUGAGGUUGAUAGUAGAGAAAUUCCUUGGUAAUUAGCAAACUCAGUCUUGUCCUCCUACUCAUUAAUAGGUAUAAUUAUGGAUUCCUUCUAUUGUUGUGGCAUCUCUUCCUUAUCCCAAAUUAACUGAAUUAGCUUAUGGUUCUCCAUAUCAAACAUUUGCCACCUGCCUUAAUUAAUUCUGCUGGAAUUUCAUCAAUACCUGGAGAUUUAUAACUUUGCAACCUUUUAUUGGCUUGUUCAACUUCAUCUAAACUAGGUUCUGGCACUAAUGGGUCAGCUGUAUGUAUUUUAAUCUGUCUAACAUCAUCAGUCCCAUGAACAUUUAAGAGCUGGUUAAAGAAAUUUUUCCACCAAUUCAAAAUUUUCAUUGGAUCUGCAAGUAAAUUCCCACUAUUAUUAUUCACCAAAUUAGUCUAAAGUUGAUAUCUUUUCUUAAAAUCAUUUAUGCUUCUGUAAAGAUAUCUGAUAUUUUUGUCCUUACUAUUUGUUUGAAGUUCAAUAAUUUUGCCCUUCAGAUAUUCACUUUCCUUAUUCCUAAAGGUCCUACUAACUUCACGUCUCACGUUCAUAGAUUAUCCAUAUUCAUUUUGUUUGGGUCCUGCAACCAUUGAAAUUGUGUUUGCUUCCUUCGAUCUAUUAAAUUUGAACAUUCUUCAUCAAA